AUGGCCUCAGUUUGUGACAGUUUGUGCCUCGGAGGCCUCGGGUUCCAGAAAGAAGCUGAGUGUGUGCGCGUGUGUGUUUUUUUCGCUUUGCUUUGGAGGCCGUCAUCUUGGUGCAUCUUGGGUGUUUUGACAGCUGAGGAGCGGGUGGUUCCUGUCCCCGUUGGUGCAAGCGAGGCUCCUUCCCCGCCACAGCUGCACAGCAGGCAGCGCAUGGACUGUCCAUGUGGCCAUGCUACAGCGAGAGGUCAGGGGAGCUGCGCAACAAGCGCAACCUUCCAGGCAGACGGUGACGCAUUCCCCCGAUAA